GUAUGUAUGUGUGUGUUAUGAUAGAAUAUAUUGACAUUUCACAUAUCUUUUAGUGAUGAGCCGUAUUAGCUCUCUGUUGCGAAGAACAUUUGGAAUGGUAAAAGAGCAUAUCGGCACAGAUCAUUUAGGAAAUAAAUAUUACUUCAUACCCGAGCAGAAGUCAUGGACAGGACGGAUCAUACGGCCAAGGCGCCUAGUAGAAGCAGCAAAUCCAAAAGAGUUUGAGUACCUGGAAGGAAGCAUUCCUUCUGAAUGGGAUGCUUGGAUCAGAGGCAGGCGGAAGCUGCCACCUACUAUAGAGGAGUUGCUAAAGAAUCAACACUACAGGGAGCAGAUCAAGAUCAAAGCUGUAGAGGCAGGUGAGAGGGAUAAAGCCCUGCAGACCAAAGAGUAUGAGGAAGGUCUGGUGGACCAGCCUGUUCAGACUCAGGUCAAAGGUCAUGCUUCUGCCACACAGUUUGGGCAGUCUGAAUUCAGUGAGGACCCCAUAAGCACUGCCAACACAUUUCAGCCAGGGUCCUGGACACCUCCAGGAACCAAAAAAUAGUUACUUACUUGCCAUCUUCAAGUACAUUUUCAGUUUAAAUGAAUUAGUAGUUGUGCUUGUUUUCAUUCUUGAUAAAUAUUCAGUACUGGUUUUCUGGAGCCAAUUGAGAAACAUUGCAUGUAAUGAUUUAGCAUAAUUGAAAUGGAUUGUAAAUUGUAAUGGAUUUUACUCAGGAUUGUUUCAAAAUCAAAUUACCAAAUGUAGAACAUUUUGUGCAUUGUUUAAUUGAUAUGACAUUUAAGAAGUACUUUGUACUGUCUCAGCAUAUGGAAAACUUUAUAUCAUUACAGAGACUAUUGUAAAAUGUGUUGCAGUGUUGUAGAUUUCCAUUUGCACUUUAUUUAUAAAGUAGGAAAAUAAAAGUUGGAGCUGCA